CUAUCGCGGGAAUCGAUGUCAUGGCUUUCUUCGCAACUGGUGUGAGCUUGGUGACUUACUUUUAUGGAUUUAUGAACUUCAGCAUAACAGAAUCAGCUACUGCUGUUACAAACUUCAUGGGAACAGCAUUCUUGCUAUCACUAUUUGGUGCCUUCCUUUCGGAUACUUACUUGUCCAGGUUCAAGACUUGUGUUCUGUUUGGCUGCAUUGAAGUCGUUGGGUAUGCACUUCUAGCAGUGCAAGCACAUUUCAGGCAACUAAGACCAUUUCCUUGCAAGGAUGUACCCUUGAGCCAAAUGAACCAAUGUGAGUCUGCAAAUAAAGGUCAACUGGCAAUCUUGUACGCGGGACUUUAUUUAGUUGCAAUUGGGACCAGUGGAGUCAAAGCAGCAGCACCGCCUUUAGGAGCUGAUCCGUAUGAUGAGAAGGACCCUAAACAGGCUGCUAAACUAUCAAGCUACUUCAAUUGGCUUAUGUUCUUUCUCACCACUGGUGCCUUGUUUGGUGUCACGUUUGUCGUGUGGAUAAGUGAGAAUCAAGGAUGGGAUUGGUCUUUUGCUGUCUGCAGUAUUGUAGUAGGCUUCUCAAUUCUGUUUCUAACAUUGGGAAAAUCAUUGUAUAGACACAAUGUCACAAAAGGAAGCCCCCUUACGCGUAUCAUGCAGGUGUUUGUUGUAGUACUUAGAAACAGAAAUCUUCGUUUGCCACAGAAUGAACACGAGUUACACGAGAUUCAGGAUAAGGAAGCUAGAUAUGAUACUGAGAUUCUUCGAAAAACUGAACAAUUCAAGUUUUUGGACCGGGCAGCGAUAAACAGGACUGAUCAGGAGGCAUCCACAUCAAAUGAACAUGGACCAUGGAAACUUUGUACUGUCACACAAGUUGAAGAGACAAAAAUUGUAGUCAGAAUGCUUCCAAUUAUACUAAGUACUGUCUUCAUGAACACAUGUUUGGCUCAGCUCCAAACGUUCACCAUCCAACAAAGCACAACAAUGGACAGAAAAAUCCACAAGUUUGAAGUUCCAGGGGCUUCAAUUCCUGCAAUUCCCCUGCUUUUUAUGAUCAUCCUGAUCCCUAUCUACGAACGCGUUUUCAUACCAAUAGCAAGGAAAUUCACAGGGAUUCCAACAGGGAUUCGACAGCUGCAACGUAUAGGUGUUGGCCUAGUACUUUCAUCUUUGUCAAUGGCAGUAGCUGCAAUUGUAGAAAAACACCGAAAAUCAAUUGCCAUUAAACACAACAUGGUUGAAUCUGCCGCUCCAUUGCCAAUGAGUGUCUUCUGGUUAGGCUACCAAUACGCAAUCUUUGGUCUAGCCGAUAUGUUUACAUUAGUGGGGUUACUUGAUUUCUUCUAUUCAGAGAGCUCAUCAAGCAUGAAAGCCCUAAGUACCGCGAUUUCUUGGUCUUCACUGGCAAUUGGAUACUACACAAGCUCAAUAGUAGUGAGUAUAGUGAACAAAGUAAGUGGUGGAUGGUUAGCUAACAACAACUUGAACAAAGACAAGCUUGAUUACUUUUAUUGGUUGCUAGCAGGAUUAAGUGUGCUAAAUUUCGGGUUUUAUUUACUCUGUGCUUCAUGGUAUAAAUACAAGAAGGUAGAUGUGAAUCCAGAAGACAAUGUCCCUAUUAAUAAGGUUAAGGAGGGAAAGGGGAAGAUUGAAAUGAGCAUAGUUUAG